UUCCCCCCGGGCCCCGCUGCUCCUUCCGCCGGCAGCGGGGGUCGCCGCCAUCUUGUCCGCCAUGGAGCCAGAUGAUACAGGAAAUCGACUUCGGUUCCAGCUGGAGUUAGAGUUUGUUCAGUGUCUGGCAAAUCCGAAUUACCUCAAUUUUCUUGCGCAAAGAGGCUACUUCAAAGACAAAGCUUUUGUGAAUUAUCUGAAGUAUUUACUUUAUUGGAAAGAGCCUGAAUAUGCAAAAUACCUGAAGUAUCCUCAGUGUUUGCAUAUGUUAGAGCUGCUCCAAUAUGAACAUUUUCGCAAAGAACUGGUAAAUGCUCAGUGUGCUAAAUUUAUUGAUGAGCAGCAGAUUCUUCACUGGCAGCACUAUUCACGGAAAAGAAUGCGCCUCCAGCAGGCACUUGCAGAGCAGCAGCAACAAAACAACACUUCUGUAAAAUGAAAAAUGCUUGACGAGUGAUCAGGUGUACUUCAUGUCAGCUGAACUAUUUAAAAGAGAAGAAUGAACCUUUUCAUAGGUUUGGCUCUGUGUAUGUUUAUUUUUUUAUUUAUCAGGGGACUGGUUUGGGGUUGGUUUUUUUCUUUCAUCAACUAGAGAGAAGACUGAUAAACACCUACUUGUGCAUUUUAUGUUUUGGACAAUUCUGUAAGAGCAUUACUUACUGUAGUUACUGAUUCCUCUUUAUUUUGAAAACCAAACCUAGUUUUGAAGGCACUGAGAUGUAAGUAUCUUAGGAAGCAUGUUCCCUGGAGAAUAAUGGUGUCUCGGUGUUGCUGUGAACUCCCUCAUCUACAACUGCAAUACGAGCAAAGCUGAAGUGAUGAUACUGUACAAAAUAUAAAUUGUAGAUUUUUGCCUUGAAACCAA